AUGAAGAGGUGCGCACCUCCUCAUUUUGUUGAGGAAGUGUGCACUCUCUCCCUGAGGGAGUUUAAUCAUCCAAAUCCAACACGUCGUAUUUCAUUGACACGUGGCGCACAUGAAGAUAUCAUCACAUCCUCUGUUUUUUCUAUAAAUGAGACCCACAAAUUCUAUUCCUCUGCACAACCGGAGUUGCCGUGA